AUGCUGAAUUCCAACAAUUCCUAUGUGGCCCCCCAAUCUUUUAUUCUUAAUGGAAUUCCUGGUCUGGAAAGAGUACACCUAUGGCUCUCCCUACCACUCUGCACAAUGUAUAUCAUCUCCCUUGUGGGAAACCUUGGCCUUGUGUACCUCAUUUACUACGAAGAGUCCUUACAUCGUCCAAUGUAUUUCUUUCUGGCCAUGCUCUCGCUCAUUGACCUCCUUACCUGCACCACCACCCUACCCAAUGCACUCUGCAUCUUCUGGUUCAAUCUCAAAGAAAUUAACUUCGAUGCUUGCUUAGUCCAGAUGUUCUUUGUCCAUGGGUUCACAGGUGUGGAGUCUGGGGUGCUCAUGCUCAUGGCUCUGGACCGCUACGUGGCCAUUUGCUACCCCUUGCGGUAUGCUACCAUACUCACUAACCCCGUCAUUGCCAAAGCUGGGGUCGCUACCUUCCUGAGGGGUGUGCUGCUGAUGAUUCCUUUCCUAUUCUUGGUCAAGCGUUUGCCCUUCUGCAGAAGCAAUAUCAUCGCCCAUACCUAUUGUGACCACAUGUCUGUGGUAAAGUUAUCCUGUGCCAGCACCAAGGUCAAUGUCAUCUAUGGUCUGAUGGCUGCCCUCCUGAUUGGAGUGUUCGACAUUUGUUGUAUAUCCAUGUCUUACACUAUGAUCCUUCGGGCAGUGGUCAGCCUCUCCUCCGCAGAUGCUCGGCAGAAGGCCUUCAGCACCUGCACUGCUCAUAUAUCUGCCAUCAUCAUCACCUAUGUUCCAGCAUUCUUUACUUUCUUUACCCACCGUUUUGGGGGACACAUCAUUCCCUCUUCUCUUCACAUUAUUGUGGCUAACCUCUAUCUUCUUCUUCCUCCAACUCUAAACCCCAUUGUUUAUGGGGUAAAGACAAAACAGAUCCGAGAAAGUGUUACAAAGUUUUUCCAGGGUGAGAAAGUUACAAGUUGA